UUGAACUUUCUGUUGGAUUCGAACUCUAAAGAAUUAUCAAGUAAAUGUAAUCAGAAUCAGUUCCACAGUUCACUGUGUGUUGUUAAUGAGUUGAUAACAUACGAGUAGAAUCUCACGAAACAAACAAGAUGAUUUAUAUUGAUGAAGAUAUGGUACUAAAAUUAAUAAACUGGGAUCAAACAUUUGAAGCUAUGGAGGUAGCAAUGCAAAGGUACACUGAGAAUAGAAUCGUGCAAACUGCAAGGAGCAGAACCCAAGUUAUUGGCAAACCUAAUUUGCUGGUUACAAUGCCUGGAUAUCUGGAUGACCAGACCUAUGGGGCUUUAGGUUGUAAACUAGUAACUUUCUUCCCGACUAACAGCGAUCUUCCAAAACCUUUGCCAUCUGUACUGGCUAGUAUUAUGCUGUUCGAUGAAAAUACAGGACUACCAAAAGCGUGUGUAGGAGGGUUCGAAAUUACAAAGUGGAGGACUUCAGCAGCGUCUGCGGUAGCAACCAGACAUAUUUACGAAAAACGUUUUAAACCCCUAAAUAUAUUAGCAUUAUUGGGAGCUGGACAUCAGGGACGUACUCACGCUGAUUGCUUUAAACACUUUUUUAAUUUUCAAGAGAUUAGAGUUUGGAAUCGAACGGCUUCAAAAGCAAAAGAAAUGGUUGAAGAAUUCAAUAAGAAAUAUAACACAAAUAUUUUUAAAUUCUAUGAAAGUAACGAGAAAUGUGUAAGAGGAGCAGAUGUCAUAGUAACUACAACUAAUACCAGUGAACCGAUUGUUAAUCGUGAUUGGGUUAAGCCGGGAGCACAUAUCAAUUCUGUCGGUGCUGGUAGAAAUCACCAUAGUGAAAUAGAAGAAAGUUUGUACUUUAAUGCUGAUGUAUACAUUGAUCACUGGGAAGGAGCAAAAACCGAAUUAGCUGGUUUGGAAAAGAUUGGUAUACAGUUUAAGGCCGAGGUUGGCAAAGUUAUUUUGAAUCAAGUGAAAACCGAGGAUCCUAAUAGAAUUACAAUCUUCCAAAGUUUGGGAAUGGCCGUAGAAGAUUGUGCAAUGAGUCGUCUAAUAUACGAUUCUUAUUUGAAAACAAAAAAUAAGUAGAAGAAUUAAAUAUCAACAAUACAUAAAUGCUUUUGAUAUUUAUUAAAAAAAUUAAUUGAAAAUUUAGAUCUUAUUAUCAGUCAGCGGUGGAUCCAGGAUUUUUGGUUGGUUUGAGUAACAAAUAAAAUAUUUCAGAUGUCGAAAAAAUAUGGUAUAAUACAUUUUUUUUUGUAAUUAUUUAUUAGGCACACCUAUGCCCGCAUCAGCUUAUCGUCAAGAUUAAUUAGUAUUUAACUUUUUUUUAUUAAUAAAUUAAUAUUUGUAUAGUCCAUUUGGCCAUUCAAAAUUAGCUUGUAAUUUUUUUUCUGUUAAAUUUAAUUUUAUAUGUAGAUAGUUUUUACGUAUCAUAUUUUUGUAAUAAAUAGUUUGUUAAUAUAUUUAGUUUGCUUACCCAAUGCAACGAAGUAUGUCAUAGAAACUGCUGAGGUGCCCAGAAGUUUUACAUUCAGUCUGAUGUCUGAUGUUAGAUUUCAUUAAAUAAAGUCAUUAAAUUGUACUACUCUUUAAAUAAAAAACGAUAUUUAGAAUCGCAUUAUAUUUUUGGCGCUGUAACCUGACAAACCGGGUCCUAGCCUAGUUAUAAUUAAUUUUGUUAUUACACUCUGUAUACUUUUAGAUAGAUAUUACCCUGUAUAUAUUUUUGUCUUAUAAUACAUCGUA